UCUAAAUAUGUUAGAGAAAACUCAUAUUAACGGUCACAUUUUAUUUAACGUUAAACUGCAUUAAUUAAUUUCUUAUGUUCACUUGAAAAUACGUUUAUGUUUGUGUUUGAGUGUUUAAUCUCUUAUAAAUAUGAGACAAAAUUUCAUUCUAAAAUACCAGAUACAAACAUUUUAAUAUAUUAUAUUAAUAACAUUUGCGACUUAUUUCGAAAACAUUGGCACAAUGGCUCACACUUCUUCCCGAACUACUAUCGUAUUCAUUGUUGUUGCUUUGAUUUGUGCGUUCGUUCCUGCAUUCUCUGUUGAAGAAGCUGAAGCAAAAUCACUAUGGGAUACCUGUCUUCUUAAAAUCAGUCCAAAAUGUGCGUUGGAUAUAAUUGGUGUUGUCUUUGAAAAUUUAACCAUCACUGAUGCAUGUUGUCAUGAUCUUGUACAAGAAGGAAAAAUGUGUCACGAUACUCUUAUCAAAUAUAUUGCUGAGAAGCCGCAUUUAGUUGCCCACGAAACAGAGUAUUUGAAGAAAAGUGAUGAUUUGUGGACUCAUUGUGUCUCAUAUGCAAUAUAA